GUAUGGGUUUCAGAAUCCAUACCUUUCUAAUAUGAUAUUUCAUAUCAAUCCAUUCUAAUAUAAUGAACCAAACAUUCCCUUAAGUUAUUAAGAGAGUAACGAAUUAAUCCCAUAAAAGCGUAAAACCCAUGACAUUUAAAGCACUUUAGUUAAAAAAAAAAAAAAAAAAGUACAAAAAUCUAGACCAAUCCAUUCCAAUAUUACAAACCAAACACCCCGAAGGGAGUACUCCAUAAGUCCGUAGCCAAUGCCACUACACCAUCAAAGCUGAUCACAGUGAUACCUCUCCAUUUGUGUACCCAAACCAAGCCCAUAACCAUCUAGAACAAGAACAAUCCAGCUAAAAUAAUGGCCGCAACCUCAGCCAUGGAGGGCGUUCCAGCGGCGGCGCUCCGGUCAGUUCUCCACCGUGUCGGCCAAGCCGCCGAGCGUUCUGGCCGCAGUUCCGACCAGGUUAAAGUCGUCGCCGUCAGUAAAACUAAGCCUGUGUCUGUUCUACGAGAGGUCUACGACGCUGGCCACCGUUGCUUCGGCGAGAAUUACGUUCAGGAAAUCAUUGAUAAAGCUCCUCAGCUUCCUGAAGACAUUGAAUGGCAUUUCAUUGGGAACUUGCAGAGCAACAAAGUUAAAGUUCUUCUAAAUGGUGUCCCAAAUCUUUACAUGGUGGAAAGUGUGGAUGAUCAGAAGAUAGCCAAUCAUCUUGAUCGUGCUGUGGGUAAUCUUGGAAGAAAACCAUUGAAAGUUUUGGUCCAGGUGAAUACCAGUGGAGAAACAUCAAAGUUUGGUGUUGAACCCUCAGAAUGUGUAGAUCUUGCAAAACACGUUUGCCAAAACUGUCCCAACCUUGAGUUCUGUGGCUUAAUGACAAUUGGGAUGUUAGAUUACACAUCAACUCCUGAGAACUUCAAGACAUUAGCGAACUGUAGAAGUGAGGCUUGCAGGACUCUUGGGUUAAAAGAAGAGCAAUGCGAGUUGUCUAUGGGCAUGUCUUCAGACUUUGAGCUAGCAAUUGAGAUGGGCAGCUCAAUUGUGAGGAUAGGAUCCACCAUAUUUGGGGCAAGAGAAUACCCAAAGAAACAAUCAAACUAACAUCUUCUCCUCAAGUGAACAGUGAAAUUUUUCAGUGCCAAGAAUUUUGUGGGAUAAAAUGCUCCCAAACAGCCAUGCUGCUAUGUUCAAGGUUCACUAAAUUUUAUGUUGUAUACGGAUUUGAAUGAUUUGAAUUUUGAAAUCAUAGCCAAUGCACAUGUGUAUUAUACUUGCACCUAUGAUUGAACCUAGGCAUUGGAUUGUUGUUAGAUAACAAUGAAUCAACGAAUUGUGUUUUGUACUUCGAGUGUCUGCUGACUUUGUUCAUUCAGUUGGCAGUAUCAAAUCAAUAAGCUAUAAACUAUCUCCAUUUACAUUAUGACUACAAUACUUUUUCCUGCUA